UUUCGUCUGAAAUAUCACCCGGAAGAUAGCCGUGAGCGAAAAUCGCAACAGGCACAAAAUAUUGCACGACGAUUGGAGAUUUUCCAGAGUUUGUACGAUGAAAAAAUCAAAGAUUUGCACAUUGAUUACGAUUGUGCUGCUGAAAUUAUACGUACCAUGGAUACAUGUUGGUUUAUGUGUUUAUAA